GGAGAAACGCGGGGACGAACUCUUUUUGGCCCUCGGUGUGUUCCGUAGCACGCAUUUCCACAACGUGCGAGGAUCGAAGUGAACUCUUUUGGUUUGAACGGUUCAAAGUGCUGCUAGCGGACAUUAAACGUUUCAACAAUCAUGGCAGAAAAUAAAGAACAGAUGUCUCCAAUUGAGCUGAAAGUGGCACGACAAAUAGAGUACUACUUCGGUGAUCACAAUCUUCCAAGAGACAAGUUUCUCAAAGAACAAUUGCAACUUGAUGACGGCUGGGUGCCUUUGGAGACGAUGCUCAAAUUCAACAGACUGAAGACUUUAACUACAGAAACCAGCGUUAUUGUUGAAGCUCUCCAGAAAUCAAAGACUGGUCUCUUGGAAGUAAGCGAAGACAAGACCAAAGUCAGGAGGAUUCCAAGCAAACCCUUACCAGAAGUGAAUGAUGAUUACAAAGACGCUCUAAAACACAAAUCUGUGUACAUGAAAGGAUUUCCCCUCGAAACUUCCCUUGAUGAGAUUCAGGAGUGGCUGAACACGAAAGGCAACAUAGAAAACAUUCAAAUGAGGAGAACCCUGCAAAGGCAGUUCAAGGGAUCAGUGUUUAUCUGUUUCGACACAGAAGAGUCUUCUAAGCAGUUCCUAGAACGGACAGACAUAAAGUCAUUCAAAGACAAUGAGAUGCUCGUGUUAUCAAGAGAAGACUACCAUGUAAAGAAAGCAGAAGAGAGAAAGCAGUUCAAAGCAGAGUCGAAAGCAAAAGCUAAACAGGACAAAGAACAACAGCAGAAACACACAGAAGAUAAAGAAAUGGGUCUGCUUUUGGAUGAAAAGACGGGUUGUUUGCUGAAGUUUUCAGGAGAGCUUGAAGAUGUUUCAAGAGAGGACUUCCAUGAAUUGUUCUCUGGCCAUGGAAAGAUUAAGUGGGUUAAUUUUACAAGAGGGGCCAAAGAGGGCACCCUCCUUUUCGACGGGAUUGCAAAGGAAGCGUUCGAUAAUGCCAAAGAGGCAAACGGAGGGGAAUUGAAAAUCAAGAACAACAGUGUUAACUGGCAGGUGCUUAAGGGAGACGAGGAGAAAGAAGAACUUAAGAAUAUCAUCGAAGCUCAACAAGAAUCCUACAACAGAUCCAAAAACAGAGCUGGCAGAGGAAGAUCAGGUGGCAGAGGAGGAAGAGGAGGCCGAAGGGGAAGAGGUGGAAGAGAUGGAAGAGAUGGAAGAGAUGGCAGAAGCCAGUACAAGGGCAAAAAGAUGAAAUUUGAAAGUGAUGACGAGGACGACAAACCUGUGGCCCCAAAGAGAGAACUAGAAGAAGCUGAUGGCCCCGCAGCAAAGGUUCCCAAAACUGAAAACGGAUCUUAGUCACAAGGUCACACCCAGGAUUUUUGUGAAAAGAUUUAUUAUAAACAGUGAAAAUGCAGAGGCAACUUAAAUCCAUUCCAGUGAGAGCUUCAGGCUUUGGAGAAUCGUAUGAAGUCCACCUGGAUGUCAACCUAGAGAACAAUUUGCAAAGCUUUGUCAGUUUUCAGCUUUUUAAGUCCCUUUAUAUUGUGCCUCUCAUAUUAUUUGUAUACCUAUUUUUCUCCUCUUAAAAUGUUUUUGAUUUUAUCAUUCAUACAUAAAUCUGCACUUUGACAGCCAUUUAAUUACACCUGAACAUUUGGUAUGUUUCGUAAGACCUGUGUGACAUCUAGAAUCUGUGCUAUUAUGUUAUUCCUUAAAGAUUACCUUCAGUGAGUGAUGAGAAAAUCUGCUUUCCUAUUUUAUUUAGUUUUUUGUUUUGUUUGUUUUUUUAAGUUUGCAUAUGUGAAUAGCAAAUAAAACAUACAAAUGAUUCAA